GAAGAACUUUAACUCUUUCUUAAACCCAAAUUUCUGAAUUUCUCCAGUUCUUUCUUCUUAAUUCGCAGGUUUUGGUCCCUCUGUCUUUUUCCGCUGAAAUUAGGAAAAAGUUUCCUUUUUUCGUUCUGGGUUUUGGUCUUUUUCUUCUCUGAUUAGUAUUCCUCGAGUGUCGAGCUUUAUUCUCAAGUGUCAAAUUAUUGAGAGGGAUUGGGUUUUUGGGGAAUUUAAAGGACAAUACUUUACCUUUUUUGUUCGUUUCAAUUCACCAACCAUUGAGCUCGUUGAUGACGAUCCCUCUACUUUUCCAAUUCGUAGACAUCGUUUUGUUCGAUUGAUGUGUUGCUUUUAACUCCACUCUGACUUGGAACAAUGGCUGCUAAGAGAUCUAUCUACUGUCUUCUUCUUCUUCCUCUGCUCUUGUCUUUACUGAUCUGGAUUCCUUCGAUCUCUUUAGCUGCUACUAACCCUGCUGAUGUUGCUGCAAUUAACGGAUUAUUCGCUGCCCUUGGCGCACCUGUUCUUCCUGGUUGGAUUGCUUCUGGUGGAGACCCAUGUGGUGAAGCUUGGCAAGGCAUUAUCUGCAAUGUUUCAGAUAUAAUAAGCAUAACUGUAAAUGCUGCAAAUUUGCAAGGAGAGCUUGGUGACAACUUAGCUAAGUUCACUUCUAUCAGGGGAAUAGAUUUCAGCAACAAUCGCAUUGGAGGAAGCAUACCUUCUACUUUACCGGUUACAUUGCAGCAUUUUUUUCUUUCAGCGAAUCAGUUCACCGGAAGCAUCCCAGAAUCUCUAGGAACAUUGAGUUUUCUGAAUGACAUGUCUUUGAACGAUAACCUUCUCUCAGGAGAGCUACCUGACGUGUUUCAAAACCUUGUCGGCCUGAUUAAUCUUGAUAUAUCAUCUAACAAUCUAAGCGGCACAUUGCCUCCUUCAAUGGAGAACUUGUCAACUCUUACAACAUUACGUGUUCAGAACAAUCAGCUCUCAGGAACUCUGGACGUCCUUCAAGGCCUUCCUCUUCAAGACUUAAACAUAGAGAAUAACCUCUUCUCUGGACCCAUACCGGACAAAUUACUAAGCAUUCCGAAAUUCCUAAAUGAAGGAAACCCGUUCAAUGCCACCACAAUCAAUUCCACCUCGACUGCACCAUCGUUGUCUCCGUCUAUGUCUCCAACAAAACCAGCUCCAACGCGACCAUUUUCUGGAGUUCCACCUCCUCCAACUGAGAGGAAUCGAGGGAAAGUUGCUGAUGGACCUUCUGAUUCUGAAGGAUCGAGUUCUGAGAAUUCAAAGGGAAAGAACUCUUCACAUACUAAAAGGAUAAUCCUUAUUGCAUUCGCUGGCGUCCUCGUCUUCAUAAUUCUGGUUUUGGCAAUACUCUUGCUGUUGCCAAAAUGUGCAAGACGAAGAGAACAUGCUAACAGAGUCUUCAAACCGCAUCAAGUUGGUGCUGAUAGAGGAAGCAGAGAGAAUGCUCUGGAAAAUGGGCUUCCAGUACCGCCACCACCUGCUCGAUCUGAAAAAGUUCAAAGGGAACCCUUCAAGAAAGCUGGAGAGGAACCAAAGGUUUUACAUGACCUUGAGAGGCUGCGGAGACCUGCGCCUAUAUCAAGACAGGAAAGUCAAGAUAUUGACUUUUCAAUGUUGAUGCCUCCUCCUCCGCCACCUCCUCCACCACCACCACCUCCUCCUUUGGCUGAGAAGGUCACCGUUCUGCCAAUUAUAUCACCCGAAAGACCCGUUAAGAAACCUUCCCCUAAACGCUUACCCUUAACUUCUGUGAAGCACUACUCUAUUGCAUCUCUUCAACAAUACACAGAAAGCUUCGCUCAGGAAAAUCUCAUUGGCUCAGGCAUGCUCGGGAGUGUUUAUAGGGCCCGGCUUCCCAAUGGAAAGUUGUUUGCUGUCAAGAAGUUGGACAAAAGGGCUUCUGAACAACAACAGGAUCAUGAAUUUAUCGAACUAGUGAACAAUAUAGAUAGGAUUCGCCACUCCAAUAUCGUUGAACUUGUGGGUUACUGUGCUGAGCAUGAUCAAAGACUAUUGGUCUACGAAUAUUGCAGUAACGGUACGUUACAAGACGGGUUGCAUUCAGACGAUGAAUUCAAGAAGAAACUUUCGUGGAAUACCCGUGUCAGUAUAGCACUUGGAGCUGCUAGAGCUCUUGAGUACUUGCAUGAGGUGUGUGAACCACCUAUCAUACACAGAAACUUCAAAUCAGCCAAUGUUCUACUUGACGAUGACCUGAGUGUUCUUGUCUCAGAUUGUGGUUUGGCCCCACUAAUAUCAUCAGGCUCUGUGAGUCAGUUAUCAGGACAAUUGCUAGCCGCUUACGGAUAUGGAGCUCCAGAGUUCGACUCUGGAAUCUAUACAUGGCAGAGUGAUGUAUAUAGUUUUGGUGUUGUUAUGUUAGAACUCUUGACGGGCAGAAUGUCCUACGAUAGGGACCGGAGUAGAGGAGAGCAGUUCUUGGUGAGGUGGGCAAUCCCUCAGCUUCACGAUAUUGAUGCAUUAGGGAAAAUGGUUGAUCCAUCUCUCAAUGGACAAUACCCUGCAAAGUCGUUGUCACACUUUGCUGAUAUAAUUUCCCGGUGUGUUCAGUCUGAACCAGAAUUCAGACCAUUGAUGUCAGAAGUUGUUCAAGAUCUACUAGAUAUGAUCAGAAGAGAACGUCAUGGUUCGGGUGAUUCUACCGCAGACUAGUGAAUUGUAAAGAAGCAUUUUUUAUCGGAUCAUCUCUGUGAAUUCGUGGAAACAAGAGAUGUUCAGUUCUCAGAAACAAUAACAUAGGGAACUAAACCAGACACAUAAAAAAAAGUCAAAACCUCAGGAGGAGGCUUAAGCUGAUUCUACAGCCAAGAAGAGGCUUGUUUCAUGUGAAUUGACUCUAAGGAAAAGGAUCAAUGUGGCUUGCUUCCAAUGGGGGAUGAUUCGAUUGGUGCAGAGUUUAUUUUUGUGAAUCUUGAAUCAUCUAUGUUAGUAAUAUUUGUUGGUUGAAGACCUCUACUGUAAAAUGGUGUGUUUACUCGAUUCUUUGAACUUGUUUUACUUAAAGCUCAUAGAACUUGCUCUGUGUUAUAUUCUUUUAGUAUGUGUAUGACUUUGUGUAUUUGUACCUGUAAUUUAUCCGAAAAAUUCUACUUACUAA